AUGCAACGCAUGCCAAGUACUCCGACUCCCAACAUACGACCACACGUCCUGAUCCGGCGACGAACGGACCAGGACAUUGCACAACUAAUAUCCUGUCUCGGACGAGUAUACGAGAAGGACGGGUACCCGACUGGUAUCACCGGCGUAGAAGAACGCAGGCAAUUCCUCGACAGUGAUUCGAUCUUGCAUACCUGGGUUGCGGAAUCAAAUCAUCAAGCCAUCGCCCAAGUCUCCAUAUGCAAAGCAGAUGUUGAAGACAAUCUCGCUGUCAGAGCUUGGCGAAAGAAGUCUCCUAACGAUGAAGUGGCGGUGCUCGGACGAUUGUUUGUGGAUCCUGAUAGUCGUGGAUCUGGUCUUGCGAAACAGCUUGUCAAUCAGGCGAUGCAGUCGGCAAGUGCAAAUGGUGUGAGAUUAGUGCUUUGGGUGCUUGCGAAGCACGAAGGUGCUACUCGGUUGUAUGAACAGUUGGGAUGGGUGCAAUUUGAUACCGCAGUUUUUCAUUCGAAGACGCUUGAGAAGGACUUCGAUGCUUUGUGCUUUGUGGCACCUGAGAGCUCCCCAUGA